GACUGGUGCCCGCGGAACAGGUACCGGUGCCCUCGCCCGAGCUUCGGCUUCGGGUGCAGCAGAGGAGACAGAGGUCCGAGCUCGGGCCUUCCCCUUCCCGUGCGCAUCCAGCCUUGGAUUUGGACUUGACGGUCGGCGCCUCCCCCUUGCAUCCUUCGGCUGUUUCGGCGCAGGCCUUGGAUUUGGAUUUGGCCGCCGGCCCUAACCCCGAGCAGGCUUCAACGCGUCUCGCGGUGCCUUUGUUCCCCUCAGCAGCUGCUGUGCCAGAGUACCCAUUGCAGGGCCAGGUUUCAGGCAAGGUUCAGAGCCCUUAUCCCGCAGCAGCAGCUGUGCCAGAGUACCCAUUGCAGGGCCGCCGUCAGGCAGGUCCUCCCGAGAUUGUCGAGUUCCAGUGGCCCCCGGCCACAGAAGACCAAAAUUCGAGCCAAUGUUUGGCCUAUGUAGUUAUGAAGCGGCCUGCUGGUUUCUUGUUGUGUGUCCCAGUUGGGUUCAUUGGGCAGGAGGAGUUGGAUCAGGGCCAGCUGCCCAUGGAAGCGGAGAUGAUCGGGCCGUCUCUGGAGAUAGAGGCCCCGGCCAUCAUGCUUGGCCCUGCCGGCGAAUGGACCUCUCCCCUGGUCCCCGAGCGUCUGCCUACCCUUGUGGUGGACCUGCCCAUGAGUAUGGCCGCGCAGCUUCUGCCAGCGGAGGUGGACACCCCUGGCCUGCGCACCUUCAAGGAUGGGGAUGCGGCAGCCUUCCCGUUGGCGGCCGAAGUUCUGAGGCUCUCCCGCGAAUGGCUGCGAGACGGGGAUGCUUUGCCCCAGAACCGAUCGGGCUAUCAGACUGCCCAGUCCGGGCAGGAGAACGGGCCCAAGGCCAAAGCCCAGCAGCGACCAAAGCGCCCGACAGUUCAGCAGCUCGCCACCCAGCAGGCAAAGAUGAUGGAGAUCAUGACGGCGGUGGUGGGCCGACUAGACGCCUUGGCUGCCUCGCAGCCGCCUCCCGGCCUCGACGCAGAAGGGCCUCAGUUAACGAAGCCUGUGGGGGCGCCGGCCGUUCUUCAGCAACCCCUCUCUUCAGUGUUGCCUCCAGCCCAGGUGGUCGCAAAAAACCUGGCAAAGACUCUGGGCCCUCCACCGCCUGCACGAGCUCAGCCUUUUGCACUGCAAGUUCAGGUCGACAAGGAGGAGGAAGCAGCUCUCGCUGUACCCGGGCCCCCGCAGGCGGAUCAGCCUUCCGAUUCUUCAUUGACAGGUGCCGUGCUCGCUCAGUCGCAAGCUCUUGUUGCCCUGGUGAAUCAGCUCUCGGCAGGGGGGGCCGAUCCUCUGCUAGAUGGCCAGCCGGGCCAGUCGGCAUCAGUGCGUGGGUCUGUCGGCAGAGCAAGGCUUCAGCAGGAACUCAGCCUCCGCUCCGGAACUUUCGCCGACCGCGUCAGAGAAAACAUGGAGCGGCAGAUGGACCCGACUCGUUUGAUGCCACCAGAGGCUGUCAGCUUCAUGCGUUUUCUGGAGAGGCACGGCAGCUUUGCACAUCAGCACCUCCUGGGGCUGAUUGCCUGGCAGGUCGCUCAGAGCUUAGACCUGCUUCAGAGCGGCAGCGUGGACGGGGCACGCGACACCUUAUCGCUUUUGAUGGUGAUGUUGGAUCAAGCAGCCCUCGACGUCAACGACACCACCCUGGCGUGGCUGCUCACGCUCCAGUCCCCUCCGCCACCAGGAGUUGGACACGAUCUCCUCGCAGAAGUCGGAGGUCAAAUCAAGUACAGCUGCGCCGCCUCGGCGCCCACCGAAGGGCAGGCCCGAGCUGCUCAGUGGGCGGCCGCCAACGCCGCAAAGAAGUCAAAUGCACAGUGUGUGUAUGAGAAGCCCCCGGGCCUCCGGAAGGAUGUGGCUGGCGAUGUUAAGGAGGAGGCUUCGUUUUCUUUCGAUGCCUGGAUUUCGGCGCUGCCAAGGGCGUGGGACCUCCCCCUCUCUGCCGCUCUCUUCCCGCUGCCAAUACGCUACCAGGGCGUGUUUGCGGAAGCUCCCUGCAGAUCCCGUGGGCUGCAAGCCAGUUUCGUGCGCGGCCCUGCGGAGGUUUUGGACUUCUUGCGUUGCGCUGGCAUUGGGGAAGGGCCCUAUGCGCCCCCUCCUGUUGCCACCGUUCCGCACAUGCGCGGUGGACCCGAGGCACUGCGCCCCUACGGGCCGAUCAAAGCAGACCAGGUUGCCCUUCACGGCAAAGGCCACUGGGAGCUGUCAGAUUUCCUGGAGCCUGAGCUCAACAUGCCUUAUCGCGAGCCCGAGGACAGAAGCAGGACUUUUCUCAUUGGCUUGGGGAGCCCUUUUGAGGAUAGGGACGUCCUGUGGACCCAAAGCUUCAUCCUCCUUGUCAUCCCGGAGCCAAAGACGCGGCUGAGGACUGCUAGACACCAGUCGGCGAAACUGGAAGCUUUGGACCUGGUGCAGCUUGUCGACAUCGCCUUCCAGCACCUCGAGCCCGACCAACGACUGUGGCCUUUUUCAGCUCAGACUCUGCGACGACGUCUGGACAGUGCCCUGGAGAG